AUGUGGCCGGAAUUGAUCCAAAAGGCAAAAGAUGGAGGCCUUGAUGCCAUUGAGACUUAUGUCUUUUGGAAUGCACAUGAACCUCUGCGUAGGCAGUAUGACUUUUCAGGAAACCUGGACCUGGUGAGAUUCAUUCAGACCAUCCAAAAGGCAGGGCUGUAUGCUGUUCUUCGGAUUGGACCAUAUGUUUGUGCAGAAUGGAAUUAUGGAGGUUUUCCUGUGUGGCUGCAUAACGUACCAGGCAUCAAAUUGAGAACAAACAAUGAUAUCUAUAAGAAUGAGAUGCAAAACUUUACAACUUUGAUAGUGGACAUGAUGAAGUAUGAGAAUCUUUUUGCUUCACAAGGGGGACCUAUUAUACUUGCCCAGAUUGAAAACGAGUAUGGGAAUGUUAUGCGGUCGUAUGGCGACGAAGGAAAGAAAUAUAUACAAUGGUGUGCUGAUUUAGCUGAAUCUUACCAGAUUGGUGUACCAUGGAUUAUGUGCCAACAGGAAGAUGCUCCACAAUCAAUGAUUAAUACUUGCAAUGGCUGGUAUUGUGAUCAAUUUAAGCCUUCAUACAACACUAGCCCGAAGAUGUGGACAGAAAAUUGGACUGGAUGGUUCAAGGAUUGGGGCAUGCAAGAUCCACACAGAACUGCAGAGGAUCUCGCCUUUUCUGUUGCACGAUUCUUUCAGUUAAAUGGUACCUUCCAAAACUAUUAUAUGUACCAUGGAGGAACAAAUUUCGGUCGUUCAGCAGGAGGUCCUUACAUCACCACAUCAUAUGAUUAUGAUGCACCAUUAGAUGAAUAUGGUAAUUUGAAUCAACCCAAGUGGGGGCAUCUUAAAGAGCUUCAUAAACAUAUAAGAUCAAUGGAGAAAGUUCUGACUUAUGGUGACGUAAGACAGGUUGACUAUGGAAACAGCUCGAGUGUGACAGAGUACAGCUACAGAGGAAAUCGAUCCUGUUUCAUUAGUAACGCAAACACAACAAGCAAUGUAAUAGUGAACUUUGAGAAUAAUAAAUAUUCUGUUCCUGCUUGGUCUGUUACUAUCCUUCCAGAUUGCUAUACUGAAGUCUACAACACUGCAAAGGUUAAUGUGCAAAGAUCAAUAAUGCAGAAGGUGCUAAAUGAAGCCGAUGCUAACGAUCCAGAGGAACCUUAUGGUUUAGUUUGGGGCUGGAGGGCUGAGCACUUUACACACCUCAAGGAAAAUGGAUCAGUUCUGCAUAGCAAUCUCACGACUAAUCAACUCCUUGAUCAGAAAGUAGUAACAAAUGAUACCAGUGAUUACUUGUGGUACAUUACCAGUCUGGAUAACAAUGCAACUGAUCCCAAUUGGUCCGGCAAAGAAAUUACGCUGAGAGUGAAUACCAGUGGACAUGUCCUCCAUGCUUUUGUUAAUGGAAAACACAUAGGGACUGAAGUUUCUGGACAACAUUUCAAUCCCUUCACUUUAGAGAGAAAGAUUAAGCUAAAGCAUGGAAAGAAUGAUUUAUCUCUACUCAGUGUCACGGUUGGCUUGAAAAAUUAUGAUCCACUCUUUGAUGAAGACAAUGUUGGGAUUCAUGGUCCUGUUCAACUGAUUGGCAAGUACAAGAAUGGUACUGAGGUGACAAAGGACUUGAGCAAAAAUGAGUGGAUAUAUAAGGUUGGACUUGCUGGAGAAGAAAAGGGCCUUUACCAAAUUACUGGUCAUGCUGCUAAUUUCCACUGGCCUACAGAUAAACUUCCAACAGAAAGAAUGUUUGUUUGGUACAAGACAAUCUUCAAAGCUCCUCUUGGGACCGAUCCAGUUGUGGUGGAUUUAAUGAGUUUAGGAAAGGGUCAUGCUUGGGUGAACGGUCGAAGCAUUGGCAGGUAUUGGACAAGUCACACUGCAGAUGAAAAUGGUUGUACAGCAAAAUGCGACUAUCGUGGAACUUACAGCAAUAAGAAGUGCUUGACUAAUUGUGGGAAACCUUCCCAAAGAUGGUACCAUAUACCGCGAUCUUUCCUCCAAGAUGACAAUAAUGCACUAGUUCUCUUUGAGGAGUUUGGAGGCCAGCCGUUCAAUGUUGAAUUUCAGACUGUAACAGUUGCUAAAGCUUGCGCAAAUGCUUACGAAGGUAAUGUCUUGCACUUGUCAUGCCAAGGAGGAAGAGUUUUAUCCGAUGUUAGAUUUUCCAGCUUCGGUGAUCCACAAGGCGCUUGUGGGGCAUCCUUCACAAAAGGCGAGUGUGAAUCCCCCACAGCUUUAUCAUACAUCCAAAAGGCAUGCAUUGACAAAGCAGAAUGUUUAAUCGAUGUCUCUGAAAUGACUCUUGGACCAACAGGCUGCAGAGACAUGAAUCGCCUUGCCGUCGAAGUCGAUUGUUCUUAG